AUGCCUCAAAGGCAGCGCACGGAAAAGGAGGAAGCUGAACGUUCAGGGAGAGGAGGCGGAGACAGAGGGGGCCGUGAUGGAGCCAGAGAGAAGGAUGACCGCGCACGACUUCAGGAUCAGAGAGAGAAGGACCGGGAAAGAGGCAGGGCCAAGGAUGAGCACCACCCAUCCACCCAGGGCCCCUCCCGACAACAACAGUCAAACAAGAAUAAUCACGGCAAGGACCAAUCCAACAAGGGUCGAGAUAACAGAGACAAACAGGCUCAACCAAAAGACAAGCAACACCCACCUGCUGACCCAGCAACAGCACCCGUCGCCGGUACUAUGUCCAAACCAGAUCCCAACAGCCUCUUGUCAAUCACAGGACGGAUGGGCCAUCUGACGCCACAAAAGUCCUUCUUCGGAACCUCACGAGUGGUGGACGACUUUGAAAAGUUGAACAAAGUGGGCGAAGGCACCUAUGGAGUUGUCUAG